AUGGCGCAGAAGUCAGCGGUCCAGAAAAGGAUUGAUGCACUUCAGAUAUCAUCAGUCGACAAAGCACAACUUCAAAAAGAAGACGAGGAACUGAGGGAUCUGCAGAAAGAAAUUAAUGAGAUGCAAGCACAAGUCGAAGACGAGGAACGGAAGGCAAUUGACAAAGAGUCGAUCUCAUCAUCUUUGAAACCACAAGACUUGAAAGGUUCAUUCAAGCUUUCUGUCCGGAGAGAGCGGUCGAAGACUGCUGUUAUAAAACUGAGAGAAAAAGCACAUGAAACCCUCCCAAUUACUGAUUACUCCGCAGACUUUGAAAAAAGAAAGAAACUUGAAAUAGCUCGUCAUGCAGAGAAAAUCGAAAACAUUUUAAAGAACAACGAAAACAUUCCCACUGAAGACGUCAUUGACCAAAUCGCCUCUGUCUUGAACGAGUUCCACGAAGAGUUCGACGGCGACUCAUUGUCGCCAAAGAUGUCGACUGCAGAGCUUCUGAAGACCACAAACUACGAGUCAAUUCAUCUGAGAAAAACAUCCACCGCGUUCAGAGUAACUUCGAAAAUUGUCCCGGGAGAUAUCACUAUGAGAGAUGUUGAAGAGACUGCUAUCAUUCACUUCGAAAAGACUAUUUUGGAAAUGAGUGAACAAGCCGCAGCUAUCGCAGCUUGCAGUGAAGACGCUUUAUGCUUCGGAUCACUCGUCCUUGUCAACAAAGACGACAAAUCGUUUUCAACAGAAUUUUACACUCGUUGCGAGACACUCCGACAAGAAGUCAUUAAGUUGUUUGAUUUAGCCAAAGCGGCGAUAGACGAACCAAUCACUAUGAAAGACAACGAUGUUUAUCCAAAGGAAAUUGUACCUUUUGUCAACUUACUUGAAAAAUCCAAAAGUAUUGUGACGAAGACAAGUUUGGAACCCGUUGUCGAUCAAGCUAUGGUCGCUGCCUUCUCGGGUAAAGGAACACAAAUCAAGGCCGGUCAAGUCGAAAAGAAGUUCUAUGAUAACGCACUGGCUGUUCAAGCAUUAACUUCCGAGUUAAUUGUUCUUGCGGGAACUAUCGCAAAAGUGAAACCAUCCACACAAGACCAAAACAUUGGGAAGACUCAGGUCUCCCCAACACCACUCGACUUGGUCGGUAAACCCAUUACACUGUCCUCCAAUGUAUUUGAAAAGGAGAAGUUAUUGUAUAUUGAAACGUCGGACCUUUUGGUACGACUCAUUAACAUCCUUUCUGGGUAUAUCAACGCAGUGGCGACUGCUCACAGAAUCGCGUCGAUGGAAAAACCGUCCUCGUCGCAAUCGACCGAAGAAGACCAAGACCCUCUUGGGACGAUC